UACGCCUGCGCACGCUGCUAGCCGGAAGCACAGUUGCGGUCGCGCGCGAGUUCUGGCGCGAUGGAAGAGGUGAUGUUAGCAGAUGCCAAGCUGCGCGCCGAGGCUGGAACGGAGUCCGGCCCUCGGGGCCCCGGCUGCAGCCUCCGGCACUUCGCCUGUGAACAGAACCUGCUGUCUCGGCCAGAUGGCUCUGCUUCUUUCAUGCAAGGUGAUACCUCCGUACUGGCGGGCGUGUAUGGACCUGCUGAGGUGAAAGUCAGCAAAGAAAUUUUCAACAAGGCCACACUGGAAGUGAUCCUGAGGCCGAAGAUCGGGCUGCCUGGCGUAGCAGAGAAGAGCCGGGAGCGGUUGAUCAGGAACACAUGCGAGGCAGUGGUGCUGGGAGCAUUGCACCCACGCACGUCCAUCACUGUGGUGCUGCAAGUUGUCAGUGAUGCUGGCUCCCUCCUGGCCUGUUGCCUAAAUGCUGCCUGCAUGGCACUGGUGGACGCAGGUGUGCCCAUGCGGGCUCUCUUCUGUGCGGUCACCUGCGCUCUGGACUCUGAUGGAACCCUUGUGCUGGACCCCACAGCCAAGCAAGAAAAGGAGGCCCGGGCAGUCCUGACCUUUGCACUCGACAGUGUGGAACGGAAGCUGCUGAUGUCCACCACCAAGGGGCUCUACUCUGACACUGAGCUCCAGCAGUGCUUGGCAGCAGCCCAGGCUGCCUCACAACAUGUCUUCCGCUUCUACCGGGAAUCACUGCAGAGGCGUUACUCCAAGAGCUGAGGCAAGCCGGGGCAGGGCACCCCUCCCGAUGCCACUACCCUUAACCUCCAACCUGAAGUAAAUCAGCGGCCCAGCCUCGCCUCUACUUGUGUGCCCGUGUGGGCUUGUGGUUCUGUACCUCCCCAGGCUCCAGUCGGGGAGGAUAGAGCCCCAGCCCUUGACAGCUCACACUGCCAGCUUCCGGGCCUGGGGGCUCAGACCUUGCCCACAAGGACAUCGUUAAAAGGAGCUCACAUUUAUUGGGUGGAUUAGUCAAUAAGUCCAUUCAUUCUAAAGAACAUCUGUGGGGCACCUACUGCAUGCAGGCCCUGCCAUGCGCCAAGAAACUGCCAGUGAACAAGAGAGACCUAGAUCUUGAUUGAGAAGCAGUAGGUAAAUUGGUAUUUGUCAGAUGGUGUGGUCAAUACAAUGAAAAAAUAAAAAAGGGCACAGAACUUUGAGACAGUUCUUUGAGGAGGGCAAACCAAAUAUGUUAGCCAGGGAUGCCUUCACAGGAAGGGGCAUGUCCACUCGGGGAGAGGAAAGGGAGCCAGCUCUUGGAUAAGGUGAGGGCAGGGCCAGCCAGGCAUCCAAUGUGACUGGGGCAGAGGGGAUGUCACAAUACACAGGUAGGGCCUUGUAGGCCCUGGGAGGGAUUUGGCUCAGAGUAUUCCUUUCCCACCCAACAGCCCUGUGAAGUGGGGCUGUUAUUACAAAGUCCACUUUAAGAUGAGAAAAUUAACUCAGAAGUCUGCUCGCUGCCUGAGGUCACCAGCUAGUCUAUCUAUAUAGAGGGGCAGGAGUUGUCCCCUUUGAAGGAGCCUACCUAGGAUCCUUUACCACUGAGACCACACCAAGGGGAGCCCAACACGCUCUGGACUGUGCAUCUCCACCUGGAAACAGGAAGUUGAGGCUCACUAGUGAUCGGUCCAGUUGUAGCGCCCUUUAGGGACAGAGUGUCACUAUAUCAUCCUCAGUAAAGUGCUAUGGCAUCACAGCUCACAGCAACCUCAAACUCUUGAGGUUAAGAGUUAAUCGCUUAAGCUAUUUUGCCUCAGCCUCCCAAGUAGCUGGGACAACAGGUGCUUACCACAAUGCCCGGCUAUUUUUUGGUUGUAGUUGUCGUUUGGCAGGGCCUGGCUGGAUUUGAAACUGCCAGCUCCAGUGUAUGUGGCUGGUGCCCUAGCCGCUGAGCUACAGGUGCCGAGCCAUAUCUUUACUUUUUCUUUUUUCUUUUUUUUGAGACAGAGUCACUUUGUCACCCUCCAUAGAGUGCUAUGGCAUCAUAGCUCACAGCAACCUCAAACUGUUGGGUUCAAACAAUUUUCUUGCCUCAGCCUCCACAGAAGGUGGGACUACAGGUCCUACUAUAAUGCCCAGCUAUUUUUAGAAACAAGGUCGCACUCUGGCCCAUGCUGGUCUCGAACUCCUGAGCUCAGGCAGUCCACCUGCCCUGGCCUCCCAGAGUGCUGGGAUUACAGGCAUGAGCCACCGCACCUGACCAGGGGUAUCUUUAGUUGUCAUUUGAUUAUUCCCCUCUCCCCACUUUCAAGGUGUCAAAGGGCAGGAACUGAGAGAGUAGCUAUCUGAUAGCUUGGCCACAGUUGUGAAUCCAGCAAUGUCUGGGGGUCUUUGUGUCUGCUGGGUCCCCUGCCGCAUGCCUCACAGCUCGCAGAAUUCCCUCAACUGCCCUACUGGGGUGGAUGCUGUCUGCAUCCCAGGUGACCAAGAAGGAAAUGCAUGACCAUCUAGCUUGAAACUAUGCUCCGUUAGGUGCUUCAGAGUGCUAAGUGGGAAUAGUAUUUUCUUCUAGCAAAAUCCAUCAGAAAGGCAUUAAACAAUGAGGAAACUAAACGUACCAUUUUAUUGCUCUGUAAUACCUGGCCUCUUAGCACUUCCUUUGUGCUUGUGGCAGAUGCUGUACAUCCUGGCCAAGUGCCAGCACUUAAUGUUUCCUUAAGGAUCUAUCCCUCUCCCAAUCUCAGGCCAUUUGGGUAACCACCAACUGCAUGGAGGCCACUAAGCCCACCAGGGAAGGAAUUUAAGUUUUUUAGAGUACUGAAGCUCCUUGAACUCCUAGGGCCAUUAUUUCUCCCCAAGAAGGUAGAGCUGGCACAAAUGAAGCCAGCAGAGGAAGAGAGGGCCAUACCAUUAAUCCCACUUGAGCCCCUGAGUCCAGAUCUACCUCUGGUUUCUUCUGUUGCUUAAGGCAGUCAGUUGAGUUUCCACCACUUGCUG